AUGGCUCAGGAUUCCCAUAAUGUUAUAUUUACUUCCCACGGGAGAAAUAAGAAACGAAUGAAAUCCUCGUGGAGCUCGGAAGACGAGGACACAGUUCACCAAAAAGUAGAAGAAACAAGAGAAGAAAAAUAUGAACGUGUGCAACUUUUCCAAACACUUAUUACUCUACAAAAGCGUCCAGACACUCAACGUGCAUUUGAAAUUCUCAAAGAAGACAUAUCAAGGAAACCAUAUCUACUUCCAUUACGAACUGAUCAUAAAGGAAAUAAACAUGUUCAGUCAUUUGAACAAUUGAUGAUGCAUGCCGAAGAUUAUGAAUCGGAAUUUAGACGUCUUUUUUCAGAAACGGUUAAACCAGACAAUAUAAAUUCCAAUAAAAAAUUUCGAGAUGCUGUAAACUUAACUCCAGGGUCUAUUUUCUGUGGACAAGUUAAUCAAAAAACAGAGAUAGCUGUUCAUCAAAUGGAGAUGGGUGGUCCACGGCCUACGAAAGAUAGUCCAUUACCAGUAUAUUACGAUAGCUGGAAGCAAUUGACGACACUUGAUGGUCAUAAUCAACCAACGUAUUGUGUGCUGUUUGAUAAGACAGGCAGAAGAGUUUUUACAGGGAGCGAUGAUUCAUUGAUCCGACAUACCAAAGCAAUAGUAGACAUGACAAUUAACUGUAAGAAUGACUUGCUUGCUACGUCAUCUAAUGACAAAACUGUCGUCGACGAAAUGGCGACCUCAAUACUUUUUUCUCCAACUCCUAUAGCCGAAAAUCGUUAUUUGAUCGCUACUUCUGACAACUGGCAUACGUGGGUAUGCAAAUAUGAUGAUACUGAUAAUAGUUUUGGUCCUACUUCAAAAAUAAAACCUGUGAAUGCUGUUGGAGCAAAUACAAGAAUGAAAUGUACUUCAUUCAAUUACACCGGUUCGAUGUUUGCAAUUUCUGGCACCGAUGGGCUUAUUCGUAAAGCUAAAAAGCCCUUUGAUCUCGUCGAAAUAAUUAAACAAUCGCAUGACCCAGAAGACUCUGAUGAUUCUGAUGAUGAUCUAAUUAGCAAGUCUACUCUAGUGGUCGGUGUAAAAAAUUUCAAUGGUCAAAAUGCUAUUAAAUCUAUUGGAAAAGAAUUUAUUGCUCCAAUACAAAAUAGGCCAUCUAUAUCAAAACAUUAUAACUCUAUUCCAUCUACGUCACAACAACCAAUAAUUACUACAAUUUCAUCAUCACCGAGCAACACCGCUUCUUUGUUUUCAGUUACGAUAACGCAAUCCCAUGCAACAAUCGUUUCACAGUCUACAUCAAGUCAGAUUGUUCAAACAAGGCAUGUAACACCAUCUUCGACAAGACCUCAAACCACAAGACCAUUAUUAAUAUCUUCAUCAGGACAUAUGACGCGAGUUUCCAGACCGCGAUCAAGGUACCAAGGUUCAAGAAAUAAUGCUAGUAUAUCAGCUCCAGUCUCACCAGGAUAUAUCAGUUCAGCCGGGGAAGCCUCAGAUACUUUAUCAGUGAACAUCACCAAUCGUCGAAUAAACCAUAGUAAUAAUCGUAGAACAAACGCAAGUGCACCAGCUUCACCUGGACGUAAUAUAGCAUCAUCUCGGUCAAUAAAUUAUACAAACAAUAAUUCAAUAACACCUGUUGUCGCUUCAAAUGAAGAUGACGAUCUAAAUUUAAUGAAUCUUGCAAAUUAUUUCGAUCCAGUUCAUAUUGCUGAUCUAGAUGGUCAUACUGCUACUGUAAAUAGUCUUGAGUUUGCACAUAGUGGCAAUAGAUUAUUAUCUGGGGCUGAUGAUGGUACUGCACGUGUUUGGGAAUAUAAUUACAUUUUUAAACGAUGGACUUCAAUUAUUUUGGAUGUUAGAGGAUCGAAUAAUAACACAAGGGUGACUUCUAUGCGCUGGAGCCUUGACGAUACGAAGGUGAUCAUUGGGAAUAAUUACGGAAUUAUUACAAUCUUUGACAGCGAAAGUGGGGAAGUUAGAGUUCGAAUAAAUGCACAUAAUGAUAAGAUAUAUGUAUUAGAUAUUCAUCCACAUGAUUGUCGUGUGAUGAUGUCCGCAGGGUAUGAUGGUCGUAUUGUGAUGUGGGAUAUCGUAGAUGGCCGCUCUCUCAAAGUUUGGGAUCCGAGUAAUUUAGAGUUUCUUGGUGACAAAUUUGAGUUUCUUGAUGGAAAAUUCCGUGAUGAUGAGAUGUUUGCUGUAAGUGAUGGCAAAGGAAAGUGUCAUCUUAUUGGUAUCGAUCAGACAUGCAAUUACGAUAAAUAUCGUAUCCGAGCGGAAAACGGUCAGAGAUUCUUUGAAGAUUAUACGACUAGGGCCUUGAUAUUUUCAGAGGAAGAAUGGACGUUCAUUGACAACGAUAGUGGC